UAUUUGCCAAUCUGGCAACCCGCCAGCUUUCCGCUGGAUCAGCGCGACAAGUGCAGCGAUGCUGCCGACUUUCUGCUGCACCGUCGCGCGCACGUCGCCGAGUCGGGAUCGCGCGCAGCUGGAUCGCGUGCAGUCAUUUAGGCAUUAAAGCUCUCAUCGGGACUUUUCCUGCUCUGUUCGGCUGAAUUGCGUUGAAGGAUUAAACAAUGUAACUUCCAGGAAACUUUCGCGAUCAAUUGUCUUUUAACGACAUCCCGACUUUGUUCCGCGACGUUAACGAGCUGAGACAUGAGAAAUCCUGCGGACUUUGGACCGACACCGAGCCGGGGGAAAUGGCUGGUGCUGUGCUGAGCACCAGGCAGUGGGUCGGGAACAACCUGUAGCUCCAUAACACAAGCAUGAGAAAGACAUCGUACUCAGAUGGAGCCUCAGCUCAGAGCAAAAUGUCUGUGGCUUACUCAUCAAAUUGUGCCUCUUUUGAUCGUCACCCCGAAGCUCCAGUGAGGCUUAUCUGCAGCUCCGUUGAGGCAGAGAAGCGGAUGAAUCUAGGGGCCCCAGUAAGGCCGGUCCACUCUGAGGCCUGCUGUGAGAAACGUGGACUCAAUGGUGUGAGCACUCAUCCGUGGUCCACCCCUGUGAUAGUUGAUGCACAAGAUGUAUCGUGCCAGUCCAAGAAUGUGCGUAUCUUUUCCUUCCAGCGAAAGGGUGGUGCGGCAGGCUCUGACCGGACACCACAUCGAGGCCCAGCCAGUGCUGCACAGGCAUGGCCAGGUCUCCAUUUUAUGGGUUCUUUCAAAAAGUUGCGUUCCUCUGUUCUCCAGGGCAUUCAGAACAGGGGUGGUGUGACAGGAGACAAUCAUGAGAAAGACUUGCCUGUAACCAAUGAGGAGAGCUAUGGUUUUUUGGUAACCAAAAGAAGUCAACCGUGUAGUCAACCGGGUGGAAAGGAGAUGCCCAAUGUCACCAAUGGGGUGUGCAAAACGACACGUGUUUUGGAUGAGGAGGAUGAUUAUGAGGAAGAUGGGUAUGGCCUACAGAGGAACUCGCACUUCUCACGGAGUAUACGUAGAGCAUAUGGAGCAGGACGCAUCUCUCUGUUGGACAAUAAACAAAAGCAAUCAGAAAGUUCUACUUCUCAAGAACCUGCUUAUCGCACUCGACCCUGCAGCGCCGUGGAACCCAUUGGACCCAAUGUAGCUUGUGAUAGUGAUGCAAAGGCUUUGAGUAGACUAAGCAAAAGUGCUGACAACUUGCACGUAUUCAAGAGCCCUUUCAAACGCAAAGUACCAUUCAGUCAGCCCCACAGCCUUGAGGAUUCCAGCAGCCCAGAUUUCCAGAGAACAGCUAGUGCUUCUUCUGUGGAUGUGCAAGAAUGUGAAUCAGGUCAAUGUAGAGAAACCAUAGGAGUGCGGGGAAAGAUGCUUAAACUCGUCGGCAGUUUAACAGAUUUGUCUGUCAAGCACAAGCCGAGCCCUGGUCCCAACAACAAAGCCUCGUUAUCAGCCCUCACCCAGCUCCAUGAUGACUAUUCCCGUAGGACUCCCUGUAUUCUUGCUAGCGAACGUCAACGCAGGCCCCCACCCCCAUCUUCCUCUUUGUCUGACAAGCAGAAAAUACAAGCUGAUGUUCAUUGCAACACCCCAGGUCUAAAUACAGAGUCCUUAGUACCCAUUACUGUCAAUCCUUUCAAUCACCAGGUUCCUGAUUGUUCCAGCUCCACAGAACAGGUCCCCUCGAGUAGUUAUGGCCAGCUUCCAGCAAACUCACCAACAUUGUGUCCUGAUAUUUCUGUUUCCCAACUCAUACCUGUCACAGGAAAUGAUGGGACUGUGGAAGAAGAGCAAAAUGUGAAAACUGUCUUAAUUCAGAAUGAGCAAUGUACAAGUCCAGGACAGGAGCGGAGACUGGACAGUGUUAAAGUAAACUUGGAGUGCAUCUGGAAGACUCCAGAGAGAGAGAAUGGAAAUCUAGAGACACCACCCGGAGACCCAUCUUCUGCAGAUUUCCCGAAGGUAACCAGCGAAAGGUACUUCGACUCAGUGUUCGUUAAUCCUCCUGUCACACCCACCUGCGCCGCCGAGUCGCCCCUGGUGACAACACCAACCUCGCCUGCCUCCUCCUGCGACACACCCGUCUGUUCUGUGCCCAGAAGGAGGGCGAACAGAAACAAACCCCGACCAAUCUCAGACUACGGACAGCUCAUCUGCAGAAAGUAUGCAGUCCCCAAGGAGAACGUGGAACUUCAGCAUGAUGCUCAGGAGGAAGGUCAUGCAACCGACACACAGGCUGAUUUGCACAUUGAAGAGAACAGCUGUGCGAACGGACACAAGGAUAACAGGAAGAGGCGUCCUCUCUCAGUGAUAGAAGGCGUGGAUCUGUUCGCAUCUCCUGAUGAGAAGGAGAACUCCAGUUUGUCUUCUCCCGUCACCCGACCCCCUGUACCCUCUCAUGGGGUGCCUCCGUACCGUGCCGUAUCUGCCCGGCUCCGCCCCUGCGUCUUCUCCCAGAGCACGCCGACGGACCUGGACCGAGUGGGGCGCCGCAAACAGCAUCGAGUCCUCAGUGAUGGAAACUCAGAUGGAUGCACAGGCCUGGAUGGCAGUGUGAGUGAGGAGGACGGCAGUUUUGAUGAGCUCACAGAAGGAACACCGUAUCUGCAGCCGGAGGUCGAUCUGUCAACUUUAAACCAGUACAUCUCAUCAGGACAUGUCGUUUAUGCCGAGGCUCUGUGGGACCAUGUGACGAUGGGCGAGCAGGAACUGGCCUUCAAAGCCGGGGAUGUAAUCCGGGUGCUGGAUGCCCAGGAGAAAGACUGGUGGUGGGGGCUGGUGGGCGAGCGGCAGGCCUGGUUUCCCUCCAGCUUUGUGAGAGUGCGUGUGAAUCAGGAGGACUCGGCCAGUGACAGUGUGGAGAACUCUGCAGAACAGCAGGAGGCUCUUUCUAAAGAACCACACAGCCAGACCUCUGAGCACCGAGAGCAGAUGAGGGCUAACGUGGUCCAGGAGAUCAUGAACACCGAGCGUGUAUACAUCAAACACCUCCGGGAUAUCUGUGAGGGAUAUAUCCGCCAGUGUAGGAAACACCCGAAUAUGUUCACAGAUGCCCAGCUCAAGACUAUCUUCAGCAACAUUGAAGACAUCUACAAGUUCCAGAGGAAGUUCUUGAAGGAUCUAGAAAAGAAUUAUGACAAAGAAAACCCUCAUCUGAGUGAGAUUGGGUCAUGCUUCCUUCAACAGGGUGAAGGUUUCUCCAUAUACUCAGAGUACUGUAACACACACCCAGCGGCCUGCACAGAGCUGCAGCGACUGAUGAAGCAGGGACGCUAUAAACAUUUCUUCGAGGCUUGUCGCCUCCUGCAGCAAAUGAUUGACAUCUCCAUCGCCGGCUUCCUGCUCACACCUGUGCAGAAGAUCUGCAAAUACCCGCUGCAGCUGGGCGAGCUGCUCAAAUACACGCCGAAAGACCACAGUGAUUACGAAGGCGUGUGUAAAGCCCAUGAGGCGAUGAAGAACGUGGCCAGUCUGAUCAAUGAGAGGAAGAGGAGGCUGGAGAGCAUCGACACCAUCGCGCACUGGCAGGAGGCCAUCCUGCACUGGGAGGGUGAAGACGUAUUAUCACGGAGCUCUGAGCUUAUCCAUUCAGGUGAGCUGACACGAGUGGUCCGUGCUGGGAAGACGCAGCAACGCAGCUACUUCUUGUUCGACCACCAGCUGGUCUUCUGUAAAAAGGAUGUCUUGUGGCGGGAUCUUCUGCACUACCGUGGACGCCUCAACACAGACAUGGUGGUUCCUCAGGAUCUGCCUGACGGGCGUCACCCGGACCUGGGCAUGCUGCGAAACGCCAUCGCCUUGCGCAACCACGACACGCUGGAGGUGCUGUGUAUGCUGACCUGCAGGAAAGCCCAGGACAAGCAGCUGUGGCUCGAGGCUUUCAAUCGAGAACGCAGACGUGUGAAAGAGGAUCAGGAGAUGGGUAUGGAGAUUAGCGAAACCCAAAGGAAGGAAGCGAUUCAAAACGCACGAAAAUCGAAGCAAGGCAAAAUUAAAAAUGUCAAAUACACAGGUCACCCAGUGUCUCAUCCUCAUCAAGCCUUACACCCUAUCCACCAGCGCCACAUCACUGUACCGACCAGUAUCCCCCAGCAGCAGGUCUUCUCUUUAGCAGAACCCAAGAGGAAACCCGCACUGUGGUACACGAUCACACGCACCGCCCUUUUCCGGAAAUGACCAGAAAAAUACAAACUUAAUAUUCUUUCAUAUGAAGAACAGCGUACAAGUACUUCCCGGUGCCAAUAUGAAGGACAACAGAGAACACAAUUAAGAACAAAUGAACAGAGUAUGUGUGUGUGUGUGUGUGUGUGUGUGUGUGCACAAGCCUAUGGUACCAAAAGUGUUCAUGCUGUGUGUGUGUUUGUGUGUUUUAGGUGUGGUAACGGUGCUGCUUGUAUUAGAUUUUGUAUCUUUCUGUUCACCACAUCAGCAUUUGUUAGUAUAAAGACGUAUUGAUGUAUUCGUCAAGUUUGUUGUAUAAUUAUAUGAAGGUAAGGCUGGAACCUUUUUGAAAAGUUAGUCCUAACUUUAGGAACAUCAGAUGCUGCACUAAUAACCUUAUGUUCUGUAAAUAAACACCUCUGUGACUCAG